UUGUUGUCUUCCUGUGGAAGUUAUUAAGAGGUUUCUCAGUUGGUAGCUGAACAGAAGUCUGUUGGUUCUCGGAGCUUGUUGUUGGUGGUUGAAGUCCGAAUUUCGCAGUUAUUCGCUUAAAAGUGGUGAACAAUAGAAGAAAAGGGUAUCGAUAGACAGAGAUGUCUCGGAUGAUUAUACUUCUCGCAGCUCUUACGUUAUCAAACCUGUUCUUGCUGGGAUCCGCCCAGGUCCUGUGCACAAACCCCCUGAUAAUUGGAGAGCUGUGGAAUUUGAAGUCAAAAAGGUGUGUUGAUAUUGAGGGAAACAAUGGAGAAGGGUCUGUGCAGACCUACAAGUGAGAUGGGCUUAAAGACCAGCAGAUCAUUCUCUGUGGUGACGGCACGAUCCGCAAUGAGAAGCUGAAUUUCUGCUUCACACCAAAUGGAAAGGGUAAUGCCAAGGUCAAGUCAGAAAGAUGCAACUUUUAUCCACAGAUCCCCAGGAAUCAGAGGUGGAGGUUGGGAAGAAAGAUAAGAUUUUAUGACAAUGAUGAGAUCAUCAAUGUGGAAUCACACAGGAAGCAAGAGAGAUCAUCUAUAUGGAAUCAGGCAAAUGCCUUGAUGUCCAAGGAACAGAUGGAACUGGGAAGAUCCAGGUGUAUAAAUGCGAAAACAAGAAUGAUCAGUACUUCUACUUCCGUUCUCGAGGUAAGCAAAUCGCCUUUGGUAGACUCAUAAACGAAAAGUCCGGAAGAUGCCUUGAUGUAAGCGGUAGUGAUGGUAAAGGAAACAUCAAAAUAUACAAAUGUGAAGACAAGCAAGACCAAUGGUUCCGGUUCUACCAAAAUGGAGAAAUUGUCAACGAGAAGUCGAAACGAUGUGUAGACGUUUCAGGGAGUGAUGGCACGGGCAAUAUUCAGACAUAUUACUGUGAAGACAAACGAGAUCAAAUGUGGUCUCAACCCAAAAAGCUUUGCAAUGGCAAUCACUGCUCAUUUGUGAACAAAAGAUCCAACAAAUGUUUGGAUGUUUCAGGAAAGGAUGGCAAAGGCGGUGUUAAAACUUAUGAUUGCGAAGGUUUGUCUGAUCAGCGAUUCAAAUGGGAAGCCGGAAAGUGGACACCUCCAAUUGCAAAAUGGUUUAUGGUUGGCUGCAAUAAAAACGGAAAGGUUUCACAUUCAAUUACCAAUUCUGUCGCAUAUGGAUCCACAGUGACAAAGACUGUGACAAUUGAAGUAGCCUCCUCCAUUGAAUCAGGCCUGAAGUUUGGUUCUGCUUCAGUUUCCAUCUCAGUUUCAUCUUCCCUGUCAACUGCUUGGACAAAGAGCCAUUCCGAGGCCAGUCGCAUCGAUUUUGCUUGCGAGUUCCACGACAGUGGCGCCCAGUUCAAAGGAGGGUGUAUGUGGCAGCUGCAAGUUGAUACUAAAAAAGUAAGCACAGGGAGGUGGCUCACCUGGAAACCACAGAUCGUCAGGUGCACGAGCUCUGACAAGGAGCCUUCUUGUCCACCUUUCAGAAAGUGUAGCAACAAGGGCUGCACGCGAUGCAAGAAGAUGUAGAUGAGCUAUUAGUUGAUCAAUUAUUUUUCAAACUGAUAUCUGCUUGCAAUAUUGCUUGUUUUUAGUUCUUUUUCGUA